ACUAUCUGUGACACAAAAAACCAGACAUAGCCAAGGGACCCACCCCUCUCUCUGUUCCUGUCCCUACGUUAACUUCUUAGGCCCCCUUCUUCCUCUCCUCACUCAAAACCUUAAUAAAAGCUUUCUUCUAAUCUCUAAACUCACUCUUAUCGGAGCAGUAGUAGUGGUGUCGUGUGAUGUGGUGAUCAUAAUAUCAUAUCAUCAAAACCCCACCUGACUUUUCGGCUUAACUUUUUAUUUUUUCUGGUGUCUGGUGAAUUUAAACAAGUUUUGUUAUUAUGAUGGCUGUUGACCUACACCGUGGUGGGGAGUUAUUGCUCUCUUCUUCCUCUUCUGAUCAGUUCCUCCUCUCUGACAUUAAUGACGACGGAUUUAGUUUCUCAGAAAUAUUAGGCUUCCACCCUUCAAAGCCUUGGCAACAUAGUUUUGAUGAUCAGUCUUCCAGUAACGGGUUUUCCUCGCCGGUGAGUUCUUCGCCCGAUCAAUCCGAGACUGACCAGAAAGACGAUUAUUGCAUUGCCGAGUUGACUCGUGAUCAGAUGAUUCACGACUUGUUUGAUCCCGACGAUGACAAACGGUGUCGUUUCCCUGGCUUAAUUAGUAGUCCAGGAAAGCUGAACAAGACAAGGGAUUUCAGGGGAUGGGGUUCGAAUAUGACGCGCGUCGGGGCCUGGUCGCUGUUAGGGUCGAGCUAUGGAAGCCCAGAAAUGUCUUCUCAGGAGCCAACGCCCGUGGUCGAAAAACGGCAGUUCCCUUGGGAUUACAGCAGUUUCGAGAUAACAUCAAAGCUGGAAGACUUGAAUAUAAGCAACGAAGGGUCGAAACACUUGACGAGUAAUCAAAAUCAGAGCUUACCUACUUCAAACCUAACAACUUCAGGAUUUCGCCGUAACCAACCUCAAACUAUUGAUCAAAUUCAAGCUAUUCGUUACCGAAAGCUGAAAGAAGAGCUGAUUCCAAAGCAAAAAAGCUCAGGAAAGAGAGUAACACUAAAUCAAGAGCAAAAUCACCAUCUUCCAUUCGUGAAAAAGGACCGACCAACUCCAAAUCGUCACCCUUGGGUUUCUCCGGUUAACCCGAAGCAGCUUCAGCAGAAGCAACCAAUGGGUUCGGGUAUGAGGGCGGUUUUCCUUGGCGGGUCGGGUUCAGCAAGUGGGUCAAGUGGGACCGGAGUAUUCUUACCGGGUGUAAUGGGCGAAACAUCACAGUCUCGCAAAAAGAGAGGAUGUUCACCAGUUUUAAUACCAGCAAAAGUAAUGCAGGCACUGAAAGUUCACUUUGACCGGAUGGAUAAUAACAUGUCUGGACAAAACACCACUGAUUUCUUCCCUGUACAACAACACGAUAUUAUUAUUAAUAGCUCAAAGAGAAAUGGGAAUAAAUAUUCACAAAAGAAGGGACAGUCUAGGGCAGCGCCGGCCAUGCACCAGCACCAGCACCAGCACCAGCACCAGAACGAGAUGGGUCUUCCUCAAGAUUGGACUUACUGAAGAAAGUGUUGAACUUGUUCCUCUUGGCUCUGCUAAGCACAGUCAGCUUAUUAUAGUGAUAAUUAAUGGUGUUUUUUGUUCUUUAUAGGUUGAAACAAUAAAAAGGGUCCAGUACAGAAUAAAGAGGAAGAAAUAUAAGGAAUGACACUUGUGGAUCGAAUACAGGGAAUCCAAUAGAUAAAUAUUAGGUGAAGUAGGAGAAAUAAGUACCAAACUUGAAGAAUGCAUCUUUUUUUUUUCUCAUUUUUUACUGCUUUUUUUUUUCUUCUUUUAAAUGUGGGUACUGGUAGUUCAUCUUUCUGGUGGAAGAUAGUUGUGGAAGAAAUAAAAGUGAAUUAGUGAAAUAUAUUGUUGUCAGAGAUGGAAGGGACUAGACUAUUUGGUCUAGUCUAUUAUUUUCGUUAAUUAAGGAUGCUUCUUACAUCCCUACUAAUAAAUACUAAUGAAUAUUCAGCUCUA